CGGGGCGUUGAAUUCGGAUUUCGUAUUCACUCGCAAAACCCUCUGCUUCUCCCUCCUUCCUCUGCGCGCUCGUUUGAUUUUCCUAACAAAUGCCUCCAGAGGAUGCAACGCCCGUGAAGCCUGAUAAUCAAGAGGAGGAAGAGGACAAGAAGAGUUUGGGCUCCAAGCAGCUCACCAAAGCCACAAUUGCAAAUGCGAAGCCCCAACCCAAAAUUGCAAAAGUGAAGAAGGAGGAACCUGAAGCAGAUGAUUCUCCAAUACCAGUCAAGGCUGCUAGUUCUGCCUCUCGACCCAGGCAACCCAAAGUGAAAAAGGAAGAGCCUGAAGACAGCGCCGACGACGAUGACAUGCCACUCGCCAAACGGAGCUCCAUAAUGAGCCUCAGAAAGGAACCGAAGAAGAAGAAGAAGAUAAAAGAGCAAGGAAAGAAUAAUGGUGUGCCUGCUGCUGAGCAGAAGAAACAAAAGAAGGUCUAUGAUUUACCUGGGCAGAAACGGGAUCCGCCGGAAGAGAAAGACCCUCUGAGGAUAUUUUACGAAACUCUGUAUAAGCAAGUUCCCAAAAGCGAAAUGGCACAGCUGUGGAUGAUGGAAUCUGGAUUGCUUCCUGAAGAAUUGGCAAUGGAAGUGUAUGAGAAGAAGCAGAAGAGGGGGUUGCAGAGCAAGUUGAGUUCUCCAUUGAAGACAGCAACUGCAGUGAAGAGCUGCAGUGAUUCUGUAACAGUGAAGAAGAAAACACGAUCUACACCCAUGCCUUGUGCACAUAAGAAAACGGCCUCCGCACAGAAGCAAUCCAGGAAGCGGAAAGUGGAGGAUGACUCUGACUCUGGGGAUCAGUUUAUAUUACCCAAAGCCAAGAAAAGAAAAGAGGCCUGAUUGUUCUGGUUAUUGCGAUUUUCACAUGACUACCAUUUCUCAUUUGAUUCAAAUUCAUGGACAACUGUAGUGUGAUUGACAGGAUGGUUUUAUAUCUGCCAAUGAGGCUGACCACUUCCUAGUUGAAUCUCCCUACGCGGGCAUUCCGAGUGUCGGUCAUAUUCUAUGGGGAAAAGAUUAAAUUAAAAAAUUGGAUUUUUUAUUUUA